AUGCAGGCGGUGACCAGUCAAGGUGCCUUCUGCUCCUCCAAACCCUUCGACAGCCCACCAGCGGAGUCGAAGGAGUUCGAUAAACUCACCGAGGGUGAUCAAGGCAACUCUCCCUCGGAUCGCUCGGAAAUCGACUCAAUCGACGGAUCACUGCGACGGUGCGCCGAUGACCUCCGCUACAUCUUCCCCGAGACAUCAGUCCUCCUUCCAGUGAAGGUCAAGUCGGGGAAUAAGAAGUCCUUCGUGUGGAACUACUUCCGCCACCCUGAGGGUGAGGCGGGCAUUGUCGAUAGAACUCGAACUCAGUGUCUAAUCUGCAAAAGCCAACUGGCAUUCAACGCCUCUGGAACAACCACGACCAUGCUUAACCACUUGAAGAGUCGUCAUGGCGAUAUUGCACAGCGCGAGGAACAGCAGAGAGCCAGUGGUGCUGGCAGAAUGCCCGUACGACGUAAAGACAGUCAACGCGGUAGCGCCAAUUCGUCGUUUGGAGCGCUUCGAGGAAACCACGUCGCCACCAAGGGGAAGCAAAAUGGCUACCCCGAUUUCCAUCAGCCUCCCGACUUCAGUAAGGAGGACUUGCAGAAAUUUCCGCAACUCGGUGGGGAAGAGAUGCAGGCGAACAAAGGCGCCUUCUUCCCGCCGUUUUUGUCGCUGGGCGGAUUGGAUCCGGACAAGAAGCGUUUGAGUCCGCUUGCGGUGUCCGAGGGUGGCCACCUGAUACCUCCGCCGGGGCUGCUGAACAGCCUCGCCUUUCAGGAGCGGCACAUGCCAAUCCCGGUGACCUCCACCACUGGGCUGCUGCCGCCUCCCUUCCCCAUUCCCCCGACUCUCGAUUCGACAGGUCCCUUCAUGCCACAUCUGCCCGGAUUCAUGCCGCCCAACUUCGCCCUCACUCCACCGUUCCCGUGCUGUCCAAACCCCGAGGGUGCGAUCGAUAGGUCACAGCCGCCGUCGACAAACGGCGACCCGAACGGACUGGCUCUAGCCAAGGCCUGGCUUUCCUCCUUCUCCAACCUAACACCGGACUUCAUUGCAUUCGGCGCCAAAUCGAGCAAUAACCCUAAGACCAAAUUCCCGCCAGCCUCACCCACCCUCAAUAAUAAGCAUCUUCCACAGAACCUGGCUGACAUGGGACAACUGUUGAAGGGUCUACCAGCUCUACCACAGAGAACGCCGUCGAAACUUCUGGCUCCCCCGCCUCACCCGCCGCCGCCUCCGCCUCCUGAACUCCUGGCCACACUGUUUCAGAACAACCCCCUAGUGAUGAACUUACUGUCGAAGUCGCAAUCCUUGCUAGGAGUUCAGGUUCCACCCCCAACCAACUCAGCUCCGCCUGAACAGUGGAUGCCUCCCCCAACAACAAUCACGAAGUCGGCUAGUCUAGACUUGACUGGCACAGCUAAGAGAAAGCGAGGGCGGCCGGUCUACAUCACACCUGAUCAUAAUGGCACGAAACGCCAAGCGACGGAUAACCACGGCAAGACCUUCGAUAGCCAGAACGAAGUUCCAGAGGACCUCACUGUGUCUCGACAAGGCAACGAGGCUCCACAAUCGCUGGCCUCCUCCUCCUCCCCCUCCUCGCCUUCUAGUGACGUCCUGGAGGAGAGACUAGCACACUUCCUUGUCCGUGAUAUGCAUCCCCCAGAAUUUCUCGAUGGAGAAGGCUUCAAGUCUCGUGCAUGUCCCCCUCCCAUAGCCUUUGUCAUCGAGUGCUGCUCGAGUGACGACGAAGACGAUGACUGGACAGCCCGUGGCUACUUUCAACAAGUCCAUUUAAGCUACCUGCUGGCGGGGGGUGGACGCACUGCGAAAGAAAGGGAGAGGUGUAGGGGGGUGGGGGAAGGGAGGCAGACGCAAAAUCGUUCGUGCCCGUGCGCGCCCGUGAACGCUCUUAUCGAAUUCGAGAUCUUUCCACGUCCCCCUCAUCCUGCUCACUUACGCGCCUGCCUCUCUCCCCACCGCCAGCACCCCGUUUUUACGACGGACACGAGCCGUUGGAGAGACUGCGGCGCCAAGCCAGAACGACCAUCAGAUAAGGCGCCUACAGCCAGUGUCGUCCAGCUCUAUGCAUUUAUCCAUGAAGUGGCUGGGGCGAAGGUGGCGUCACUAGGCGUUCCAGAGGCCGGUAUAUCCUCGCAGCGAAUGCGACGGGAGGUUUUGCCAAGAAUUGCAGCACGGCUUCGUCCACAGCCGCACCAACGCCGCGGUCCUUUUGCUCUGGCGCCGAGCCUGGCUGUUGAAUUCUGGCAGAACUCCACAGCUCAGAAAUUCGUGAACCUAUUCACAGAGCACGGGCGGCUUCUCCAGACCUCUUCAAUUGACAGUCAAUUGGACGCUCAACAAGUAGUGGAAGAGUGUUUGGCUGCGUGCCAAGGAUCGAGAGAGAACAAAGAUUCUGUAAAGAAGGAUGGGCAGAAGGCGGAGGAAGAUGAUGCGACAACGGAGACAAACCACCCGACAUGUUUCUCCUGUCCCCUGGUCACAAACCAACCCCAAGAGCUCUCCGAACUUUUGCAACAUUCGUCUUCCAGUUUCACAGUCCUACCGUGCCUGAUCACUGCUCUCUCUACUGCGAUUUCAAGUGGUUUUCGAGUGACACCCGUGGCUUCGCUCUUGAAGGAAUGCAGGCAGAUACUCGGCUCAUCGUCGCCGUCUGACACCGAUUUGUCCUGGCGAGACGCCUCCGAAUUACUCCAUGCGAUCGACGCUGAAAAGGCACGUCUGUCGGAUGAGCAGCGGGAUAACAUCUGCCGGUUGAAGAGUCUAGUUGUGACACCGUCCUGUCGCCUCACUCCCUCCCCUUCCCCACCACUUCGACGUCCCGUCGUAGCCCUCAGAACGAAAAGAAGUGAAUUAUUCAAGAUGGAGGCGCGAAACGGCGUGUGCGGGUGCGCCCACAGCGUGUACACACGCUCUGCGAACCUCAAUCAGACUUUGGAGUUUAUUCGCGAGAAAGACGUGGUGUUAACGGCCUCAAUGAUCUGGCCGAUUCUGACUAACUUACGGGAGACCCACCUAGCGUGUACUGAUGAUGACCAUGGACACUCCGACGUGGUGAAGGCAUUCAAGGAAGAGGUCGCAGGUGGUUUGGAUAACUUCUUCCCCAAACAAUCCUCCCCUGUGUCAGACCUCCUCCAGAUUGCCAGUCUCAUCGAUCCGCGGUUUAAGGAGAGGAUUCAAGAGGCCGAGCCAAAUACUGUUAAGCUUCUCAAAGCGAAGGUUGAGGAACUGUCGUGUAGGGUGAAGCAACUUGAGGGCGCAUCUACAUCAGAUGGCUAUCACGAGAAUCACAACUCAGUGAAUGAUGGCAGUGGCCUUGAAAAGGUCUUUGGCAGGAAUUUCUUCGUUCGAACUUCGCUCUCAGAAGUGGAUCGAUAUCUGAGGGAGGAGUCAGUGGGUUUACAGGCCGACCCUCUUAAGUGGUGGUCUGGGAAGUUAUUUUCCUAUCCAAUAUUGGGCUCACUUGCUCGCCAUUACCUUGCGGUCCCGUUGGCAUGCUUCAACCUCAGACAAAGACUGAAAACUUUUGUAAGUACGACUGCGCCGGAUAAGCUUGAGUUACCCGGCUUCGAGGAUAUUUUUCCAGGACCCAAAUCGAGACUUACAGCUGACGAU